AUGUCGGGGCAGCCCAAUUCGGAUCUUGCUGUCGAGCAGCAACAGCCCGGCGACCCGUCCGGGUAUGGUGGAUACGUUUCGGCGUUCGAGAACGGCAUGGGCUCCGAGAUGCCCGAGGCGCCGCGCGACAAGUUUUUCCGCAAGAUGAAGGAGCAGCCGCUCGUGCCCAUCGGAUCAUUGCUGACGUGCGGUGCGCUGAUUGCUGCGUCCAACCACCUGCGUACGGGCAACCGAGACCAGUUCAACAAAGCGCUUCGUUGGCGCGUGGGCUUCCAGGGCCUCACGGUUCUCGCUGCGCUUGCUGGGUCGUUCUACUAUGGUCAAAAAGCGGCCGCUUCCGUACCGGCGCCCCCGGCCACUCCGACCGAUGCACCGCUUCAACACGGCACAGUGACCACGCUUCCAGGCCGAGCACCCACGCAGUGGCAGCAGAACAGGGCCGAGGAAAGGGCCUACAAGGACCGUACCGGCUUCGAGACGCGCGUCGACCAGGCGCUCGACCGCGAACUCAACGACGACAAGCGCCUCGAAGAAGCGCUGCUUGGCAAGGAGGACCUCGAUAGCCUCAGGAAACCAGCAAGGGAAAGACCCGUGAUCGGCAAAGAUGUUAGGCGCCAGGUGUAG